AAGGCGAGCACCCCGCUGGCCCGGCGGAGCUGGGGCCUUUUGCAGGGCAAGAUUUGGGCCCCAAACUCCGAUCCUGCAAAUGCUGACCAGCUCUGUCCCGGCAGGGAUUCUGAAAACACGGGUACCGGGACUUUGCGCUUUUACUUUUGAGACAAGAGCCGAGUACGACGCACAGGAGGAGAACAAUUCGUCGCGCUUCCCUCGGGGCGCGCUGGGGGCUGCCACAGGUGGGGAAAACUCAAAACAUCCGCCAAACACGCCAGUGACUGUCCCAAAACCUAAGUUUGAGGAUGCAAAACUGGAACUGGGGUUACGAGAGCGGAGGACUGGCAUUUUUCAGAAGCUGAAGCGGCUCUCCCCGAGGAUGUGCUGCCAACCGUGUCCUCCGGGCCCUGUGCUCCCCGAGCAGAGCCAAGCUGCAGAAUCCUCCCUUUCGGGACACCCGUUUCAACCUGCUCAUUCACUAAAAACCAGAGAGUCCGCUACCUACCAAACCAGGUCUGACCCUGGGAGUGUGGGACAGGACUGUGUUUCAAACCGUCAGACACAGAGCGCCUUUUCUGACCGGCUGCUUGCUCAGGAGCACCCUGCAGCCACCCAUGAGGCAGGGGACCACCAGACAACUUCUGUGGAGCAACUCCCGAUUCCCGGCAGAGCGGUCCUGAGCACCGUCCCAGCCCCCAUUAGCUCUAAGCCGGUGUUUUUAAAAGACAUCUUCACAUGUAGGAGAGCUUUUCAGAUCACCUUCAAGGAGUACUCUAUUUUUAGCACCCGUGGACUCUCUUGGCUGCAAACAAGCGAAACCUCUCUGCGGUGA